AGCGAAGUCACCCGGCCUUUCCCGAGACCUUGGCCCGGCGCUGGGGGCGUGGCCUGCGGGGGCGUAACCGGGGCGCUCCGCCAAUCAGCGAACGGCGGACCGCUAGUGCGGGGCCACGCCCCUGCGGCUGGCACGGACGGUCCCUCCCGGGAGACGCGAGCGAGUAUCAGGGACGGAGGAAGCCGACGACAGGGAACACAGUCCGCUGUCGCUUCCGGAAACCCUCCUCCACCGCGCAGCCCUCCGCGCGUAGCCUGACGGGAAAGCGCCCCCAAGCGGCCUCGCCUCGCCCCCGCCGCGGGGCACGCUGGGAUCUUCCUGCGGCCUUCCCGGAAGUGUGUGUGGCUUCCUGCCCCUGUUCGCGCUAAGUCCCGCCCCUGUGCCUGAAAGAGGGAGGUGUGAGAAGCGGAGCCGGCGGUGGUCACGUGGCGCCACUGCGGAGGCAGCGGGAGAGGGCGGGGUAGUGGGCGUGGCGGCCCGGUCACGAGUGGCCGGAAGUGGUGGCCUCUGCAGAUCAUCGGAGAUGGCGACUUCCCUGGACAUCAAGAUCAAGAGAGCGAAUAAAGUAUAUCACGCCGGGGAAAUGCUGUCUGGUGUGGUGGUCAUCUCCAGCAAGGACUCUGUCCAGCACCAGGGAGUGUCUCUGACCAUGGAAGGGACUGUAAACCUCCAGCUCAGUGCCAAAAGUGUGGGCGUGUUUGAGGCCUUUUACAACUCGGUGAAGCCGAUCCAGAUUCUCAACAGCACCAUAGACGUGCUGAAGCCAGGAAAGCUCCCCAGUGGCAAGACUGAGAUUCCCUUUGAGUUCCCUCUGCAUGUCAAGGGCAGCAAGGUGCUGUAUGAGACUUACCACGGCGUGUUUGUCAACAUUCAGUACACCCUGCGCUGUGACAUGCGGCGGUCCCUGCUGGCCAAGGACCUGACCAAGACCUGUGAAUUCAUCGUUCACUCCGCUCCUCAGAAGGGGAAGCUGACCCCAAGUCCCGUUGACUUCACCAUCACCCCGGAAACCCUGCAGAACGUCAAAGAGAGGGCCUCACUCCCCAAAUUCCUCAUCAGAGGCCACCUGGACUCCACCAGCUGCGCCAUCACACAGCCCCUGACGGGAGAGCUGGUGGUGGAGCAUUCGGACGCUGCUAUCCGCAGCAUUGAGCUCCAGCUGGUGCGGGUGGAGACCUGUGGGUGUGCAGAAGGCUAUGCACGUGAUGCCACAGAGAUUCAGAAUAUUCAAAUCGCUGAUGGGGACAUUUGUAGAAGCCUUUCUGUCCCUCUGUACAUGGUCUUCCCCAGACUGUUCACAUGCCCGACACUGGAGACCACUAACUUCAAAGUGGAGUUUGAGGUUAACGUGGUGGUCCUUCUUCAUGCUGACCACCUUAUCACAGAGAACUUCCCGCUGAAGCUCUGCCGGACAUAGUCCAGCUCAGGAAGGGGACAGCCAGGUGGCCAUAUGGAUGUCGACUCAGUCAUCCGCUCACACGUGGGCAUCUGUUUGUCAUCUAUUCACACGUGGCUGUCACAUGGGUCAUCUGCUCGCACACGGUCAUCUAUACCGUCAUCUGCUCACACGUGGUCAUCUAUACCGUCAUCUGCUCACACGUGGCUAUCACAUGGGUCAUCUGCUCACACAUGGGCGACAUCUACACCGUCAUCUGCUCACACGUGGGCAUCUCUCCAGUCACCUGCUCACAUGUGGACGUCACACGGGUCAUCUGCUCAGACCCUUGGCAGCUUAUAUUUUCAUGAUUUUUCCUCAUUGCCUCAAAGCUGUUUCCUUCAGGUGCCUUGCCCAGCCCUUUCCUCUGGAAUGCAGCAGGAUGUCCUCGUGUGUGCUGCAAGAUCACAGCAAGCAUUUCCAGCAGCUUCAGACGCACCUGUUUCUUUUUGGGUGCAGUAAAGCAGCUGUGUCUGCAGCUUGAGAUUUGCUGGCCCCUGAGCCCAUGGAGACAACUUGCCCAGACUACUGACAGCAAACGCUUGGCAACCAGCAGGCUCAAAGACUGAGUGCGUUUGUGACUCCAAGGGCUAGCAGUGACUUCACCUGGAAAUACGGAGCUGUUUCAAAACCUCGAGUUCUUGAUAGCACUGGGUUAGAACUUCAGGGUUUUAGGGAAGUAAGAAAAACAGCAAAUAGGUCCUUGUUUUCAAGGGAAUCUGUGAAGAGUGGCUGGUGCUGGAGUUUUUGUGGUCUGUCCGACUGUUGUGCACAGCUACUGCUGCUGUAUCCCAGAAUCUGCAUCAGGGGAAGAACACACACUGGCUGCUCAUUACUAGGUAAUUUCUGAGAGACAGGAGACCAUGCUGAGGAAGGAUAAUGAACUUGGCCUGCCCCUGACCCCUGAGGGGCCUGUGCUCCGAGACAAGGGUUUUGGCCUGAAGUCCGUUUCCCCGCAGCCUCACACUGACUGCUACUGUAUGGAGCGUGUGUUGUCAUCUCUCUUUCCCCGCAGCCUCACACUGACUGCUACUGUAUGGAGCGUGUGUUGUCAUACUUCUCUGCCUUCCAGGCCUGCUGCUCUGUUGGCCUCUGCACACACAGUUCCGGGGGUGGGGGUGGGAGUGGUGGCAGGCCUAGGAAAGCAGGCCUGAGUGACAGCCUCCUGCACGGCCACUGUACUCUGACAACUGAUGGGGAACUGAGGACACUUAGCCCAGUCACCUGACAGUGGGUUCCCAGACAAUGUAUUUUUGAUUUAUCAUUUUUUUAUGCUUACAUCAUAAUACUUACCUAUCCUGGACAUAUAUAAACAAUCAAGCAACCAGAAAUGGAGACCGUGCCUUCUGAUUAGUUUGCAAGGAGUCAUCUUCAAUGACAUAAUUUCUUAGUGAAUAAAGAUGCUAAGCGAUU